UUUAGUUGUUGACAGUGACAACAGUGACUUCAUUCAAUGAGAGAAAGCGACACUCUUAUGUAUGAAGUAUCACCCUUGUCAAGAUGUCAUGUGCUGGGACAGAAUCAGUAGAAAUAUCUCCAAAUGCUCCAAGAGUGAAGACAGGUUAUCUCAGGCGAUAUUGUAAGGGCUUUUUUUCAAACAAGUGGAAGCAGGAGUUUUUUGUUCUGUAUCAGGAUAGUACAUGGGCAUGGUUUGAUGACCAGGGAAGCUUCCAGGCUAAUGGAUGUGUUAACUUGAAGGCGAUCUGUCGUUUUCUGGCUGUGGGUCAGUACACCAGGUCUGUGCCUAACAGACCAGAGUUACCACCUGGGGCCAGUGAGCAUGGAUUGAUCUGUGCCCCACAAACAGCCAGCAAGACGGACAAAAUCAACUGGAUCCUGUGUACAGAUGAACAGGACAUGUCAGGCUGGAUGACAGCUAUUGGAAGUGUGUUACCUCCGCCUCCUCAGCCACCUCAGCCACCACAGCAGCAGACCCCACAUGGUGGCCCUCCACCCCCAGGAUUCAAUCCAGCUGUCACUCAGGGAGCACCUCCACAGGCAGGAUAUCCCCAACCUCAGCAGGCGAGCUACCCUCCACCUCAUCAGAUGGGGCAUCCACCUCCUUACCAGCACCACCCACAGCAGGUAGUAUCCCAGCAGCGAGUGGUCCAGCAGCAGCAGCCCAGAGUUGUGUAUGACAGACGGCGGAGGCGAAGCUCAGGAUCCGGAAGCUUUGCUACAGGUCUUCUUGUUGGAGGUGCUUUAGGAUAUGGAAUGGGUGGUUGGGGUUAUGGACGUGGGUGGGGAUAUGGUGGUGGGUGGGGAUAUGGGGGUUGGGGUGGGGGCUGGGGUGGUGGAUAUCAUGACACAGACAUAAAUAUUCAUAAUCAUUAUGAUGUUGACAACACAAACAUAGAGAAUACCAACAUCAAUGAAACAAAUAUAGAGAACAAUGAGUACUAUGAUGGUGGGGGUGGAUAUGAUGAUGGGGGAUAUGAUGAUGGGGGAUAUGACGAUGGGGGAUAUGAUGAUGGGGGAUUUGAUGACGGUGGGGGAUUCGAUGACGGUGGUUUUGAUGGUGGGGACUUUGGUGAUUAA